UUGUUACCAGGAAUUGCUUCUGCCCUUUUGUCCCCGUUGAUGUGUUUUAAAGAGUGAUUCACUUCGUAAUGGCUUCCUGAGGAGUUAUCUGACCUUUUUUUAUGAUGACUUUGCUAGUUAAGAUUUGUGCUUAAUACCUAAUUCUUGCGAAUGCCCGCUGAUUCUUUCCUGGAGAAUAUACUACCAGUUAAGGAAUACCAGUUGUCAAGAUCCACCUCGGCGAAAGUGUAUUCCUCGUGUGCUCACUCCAGUCUAUAACACAACUACAGGUUAGGCAAUAGCUGCUGCUAUGGCCAACUUCGGGAACGGAGGUGCGCCCACCUCCCAGCCGCCUACUCCUGCCUGGGGCGGCGGUGUCUUCUCGCCUACAACAUCGCAAGCUCGUCCUCAUACGAGCCUGUUCGGCACCAUUAGUAAUCCGGAAGGCCGAUCGGGAGCUGGUCUGUUCGGAACUCCUAUACCCCCACCAUCCCAACAACCGUUUGCUGGCUCUGGGAACCCGCGCGGGCUCGUUAUCGGAUCGCCCGCUCCGGUCCCUGUCCCCGCUCAAGCACAAGUGCAUGUACAAGCCCAACCGAAGCAGUCGUCGCCGAGCCUAUUCGGUCCCAGGCCGACUGCCCCGGCUGUACCAGCUGUGCCGGCCGCACCUGUAGCUAGUACCUCGCCACCGACAUCACAGACAAGUCAGACGCCAGCGAGGAGCAAUAGCAACAGGGCCGCUUCUUCCAGGGUCUCUCCUACCAGAAACUCUCCCAGUAGGGACUCCCCUGUCAGGAGCUCCUCUACUAGAAACUCUCCUGCCCGCGGCAGCCAGACCCCGUCUUCCACCUCAAGUCAGUCGCCGACAAAGAGCCCAAGUCCUAUUUUUGGGGGUAAGUCGGCACCGUCUUCAGGAUCAUCAUCACAAACAUCAAUGGAGCCAGAAAUGCCUCCUCGUCCUCCUAAAUGUUAUAUGGACCCCAAAGGCGACUUGUGCCUAGAAGUGGGCCAUCUUUCUGCAGAGUUUAUAGUAUGUUCCAAGGCCAUGGCCAGGUCCUCACCUUUCUGGAGGAAGAUGCUGUACGGAGAGUUUUCUGAGGGCAAGAACGCGCAGUCGAAGGACGGGAAGUCGACAUGGGUCGUGAAGUUACCCGAGGAUAAUUCCGCCGCGAUGAGCAUCAUUCUGAAUAUCAUCCACAGCCGUUUCGAUCAAGUAUCUGGUUACGAAGAUUUCGUUUAUACGACGCAUCUCUACAACCUGUGUGUCUUGACGGAUAAAUACGACAUGACCCAUAUCCUGCGGCCUUGGGCUAAGGGCUGGUCGCGGACUACGCAUAUCCAGUGUGAGAAGCUCGGCCAGUCCUUACGCUCGAAAUUCUGCCACGAGCGGCUCUGGAUCGCGUGGGAGUUGGGAGAUUUCGUCACUUUCGAUGCGAUGUCGAAGGCCUUGCUGUUGAACUCUUCUAGUUCGGCCGGGAACAACCUGCGUUACGUGGGAGCGUUGGAACCGCCCGAGAUCUAUGAGAGCAUACAAAAAGCGCGCUUAUCCAUGAUUAGGGCGCUUCUUAGCCGCCUCGAUAGCAUAUUACAAGGACUCGUCCAGCAAAACAAGUCGCUCUGCUCGCGGUAUAAGGUAUCGUCUGAGAGAGGCGAAUGCUUGGCUUCGAUGCUAGGAACGACGAUCCAAUCUCUCCACAGCAAUGGGCUAUGGCCUAUACCACAACCCGAGGCCGUCGAGUGCAGCGUAUGGGAUUUCGCGGCGAAACUUCAGGCCGUUCAGAUCGAGGGUGACGCCGGAAUCUAUCAUAAGUGCUCCCAGACGGUUGUUCUUAAGGCCGAGAUCGAGAAGACUCUGUACUCUAUCCCCGAACUCCUUUCUGAGAUACAUUGGCGCCAUCUUCAGAGCCAGGCCAGCAAAUCUGGAAUGCCUACUUUUGAAUUGAGAGCUCACUAGAAGGAGCGCUCACCCGAUGCUUAUUUCUA